GUGUGUCGGACGAACGGUCGAUUAUAUUGCUCAGAGAUUCAAACUAAAGAACGACAAUCACAAAGCACAUGCUCAAGUAAGUGAGACCACUAAUACACUAACUGUUUGAGUGGCUCCUCUACAGAAGCUGUGUCUGUAUUGUGAGGGUGCAGUACUGGGCAUGUCUGAUAAGCUACAGGACCUUAUACACACUGUCAUCACCAUGGGAACUAGAUCUAUCUACACUUACACUAGAAUAUGAAUGCAUCAAUCCACUGAUCCAUCAAUAAAUUUUUGUUGUGUGAAGUUUGUAAAAGUGGGUGGGGCUGUGGACAUUGCAGGAAGUGUCUUCCAUGAGACAAUGUUGAAAGCUGUUCGCUCCUUACUUGGUCGACCACCAUCAGUUGAACCACCACCUCGUUGGUGGCAUUUUUCUACUGCAGCUGACGGACACCAUUACAUGUGGAGGGGGGCCGGUCCAGAACGGGGGUCUAACAUCAUUGCUGUGUAUGAUCCAAGCUCUGAGCUGUGGAGCCUAUUGCCCACCACUGGACCUCUACCCCCUGGAGAGGGUGGUGGUUGCUCUGUUUGUGUAGGUCGUUGCUUGUUCACCUUUGGUGGUCCUGAUGGGUCUUCUUACUUCAAUGACAUGAGCAAGCUUGAUCUGGACACUCUCCAGUGGACCAAAGUUCAAACCUCUGGAAGUCAGCCUAUGAAAAAGGCUUUCUGUGGACUUGUCCGUGUGAAUGAGAGAACUCUGUGCUGCUUUGGAGGAGAAGGUAUUGAGGGCACCACACAACCAGGAUCAACAUUCACCAAGACUGGACUGGGUGAUGGAAGUGGAUACACAAACGAGUUCCAUUUCUUUGACACACAAAAUGGUGUCUGGUCGUCCCCUGAGCUCAGAGGAGAGAGACCUCCUCCCUGUAGUAUCUUCACCUUCACCAUGGUGGACCAGCACAGGGCAGUCCUUUUUGGAGGGAGCCAAUCUGGCCGUGGUAGGCUCAAUGAUGUCUACUUGUUUGACUUUAGGACCAUGGAGGUCACUAAGGUGAAGCCAAUACAGGGAGAGCCAUGGCCAGUGGUGAGGGAUAGCCAUGCUGCCUGUUGUCUCAACUAUGGCCAGGACCACCCUCAACUACUGGUGUACGGAGGACUGGAUAAUGGCUACAAUGUACUGGGGGACAUGUGGAUACUGGAUGUUGACACUGUCAAGUGGACAGAGGUGACACCUCCUGAGUCAAUGACACCACGUUACCAAUACUCCAUCACUGCCACCAGUUUGAGACCAGGACUCACUGAGGUCCUCUUGUUUGGAGGCCGUCGGAAGGUGUGGGGGGGAGAUGCCAUUGCAGAGACGACCAUACUGAGAUUUGAGUUGACUGGACCCUCGGCGUCUGUUGCUGGACCCUCGGCUGGGAAGUGGGCUCUCGUGGAUGUGGCCCACAACAGCACUAGAGGCUCCGCCCAGCGACUGAGUGAGAAGAGGAUCAGUCAAGCAACUGCUUGUGCCUCAUCAGUCAGUGAGACCACCGACCACUCCUCUCAAGACCGGGUGAGGGCUCUAGAACAACAGUUACGAGCAGCAGAGCAAAGAGAGCACGACACUCAAUGUCACCACCAACUACAGUUGCAAGAGAAAGAUCGAGAAUUGGCUAUAAAAAAUCAAGAAUCAGCUAUGAAAGAUCGACAAUUGACCGAGGCCAACCAUCGUCAUGGAAAUGCGGAGGAAAGAGCACAGCUGGCAGAGCAAAGAGAGCAAGCUACACAAUUACUUUUACAAGUGAAAGAUCGUGAAUUGGCUGAGGCCAACAGAAGAGAAGCUGACCUGUCUGUUCGAAUCACAGCUCUAGAGAGGGAGUUAGAAGGCAAGACAAAAGAGUUGGCAGCACACAACACAGAGGUGUGGAGGAUUCCGGCCAACAGAGUGAUCAUUGGCAGGAGGAUUGGCAAAGGAGGGUGGGGGGAGGUGCUGGAGGGAACAGUGAGCGUGGCCGUCAAGCGACUACACGAAGAAAUUGCUCUCCCAAUCUACAUCGAAAAAAUGGAGAGAGAAAUGAGGCUAUUGGCUGAAGUGCGACACCCAAACCUUGUGCAAUUCAUUGGUGCUAUUUUUGACGAGCAAAGACAAGCCAAUCGAUCCCCUCCUCUCAUCAUCACCGAGCUCCUGGACAUGAAUCUCCGACAAGCGUACGAGAGGAAUCAACUGGACCCAGGAAACCGCCUCUCUAUCUUCAAAGACAUUGCCCUAGCUCUGGACUACCUGCACCAGCGCUACAAUCCCAUCAUUCACCGUGAUGUGAGUGCUCCCAAUGUCCUCCUCCAGCGAAUGCCCAACCACCAGUUGAAAGGGAAGGUCUCUGACCUCGGCUCAGCCAACUUCCUGCAGCAUUCUCAUACGAUGGGAGAGGGGGCCAUAAUCUACUCCCCUCCUGAAGUCAUACCUCAACCGCUUGUACGACCUCCUCCACAAACUGUCAAGAUUGACGUGUACAGCUACGGCAUUGUGUUGGCUGAAGUGACUGCCAGUCGAUUUCCGAGUCAAGACAAUUUCCCUGAGAUGUUUGAGAGAAUCAAGAGAGAGCGUCCUGCAGUGUACAAGCUGAUACUCCGCUGUAUUGAGAGAGAGCCCAGCCAUCGACCCAGCAUGGCACAGACAAUGUUGAACUCUUUUCUCUCCUUGGUCUACCAGUUGAACCACCACCUCAUAGUCGUACAUUCUCUGCUGCAGCUGACGGACGCCGUUACAUGUGGAGGGAGAUGGAUCCUGAAGAGGGGUCUAACAUCAUUACUGUGUGUGAUCCAAGCACUAAACUGUGGAGCCUCUUGCCCAUGCACCACUGGACCUCUAUAUAUACCCCCUGGUGAGUAUGGUGGUUGCUCUGUUUGUGUAGGUCGUUACCUGUUCACCAAUUUGGUGGUGAGGAUGGGUAUUCUUACUUCAAUGACAUGAG